CUUCGAGUUCUCGUGCCUUUAAGAAGCUUCUCUGUCAAUGUAUAGCAGAUUCUAACGAUCAAUAUUUUCCUUCGAAACCUAUAAUCACACUACGAGUAAAUUCUCUUCGAGUAAAUAAAAAAAAUCGAGCUUGUGAAGAUGAUUUAUAAGUAUCGAUGAAAUUUAUAUUUUCUAUGCGGCGAACUUUUCUCUAAUAACCUCCAAAAUGUGCGUUCGGCAUCAUGAAUAAGAAUGCAUCUAUCGAUUAUGAGGAACACGCUGUAACCCCUAUCGAUAGUUGAGAAUAUCGCAUGCACGUGACUAUAUAUUAUUCCAUUUUAACGAUUUCAAGUAAAAAUAACAUAUAUUAAGAUGUGACACAACGAUCGAGUUACUUUUGAAAAUGUAAAAACGCAGAACAAUCGAGAUAAGUCAAAUCGAGAAAACUCAUUGUUUUAUCAAGAUGGGAAGCGCAGUUAGUAGUGGACAAAACAAUGACGAAUUGGUAGAUAAUUUAAUGAAAUCUGGUUACAUAAGAACAAAGAAAGUUGAACAGGUAUUCAGAGCCGUUGAUCGUGCUGAUUACUUCUUAACGUCGCAUCGGGAAAGCGCGUACAAGGACCUUGCUUGGAAACAUGGCAAUAUCCAUUUAUCGGCUCCAUGCGUGUACAGCUUGGUGAUAGAAGGUCUUUCCUUGGAGCCUGGAUUGAGUUUUUUGAAUCUUGGAUCAGGAACUGGAUAUCUUAGUACAAUGGCAGGACUAAUACUGAGUCAAUAUGGGACAAAUCAUGGUAUAGAAUUACACGAGGAUUGUUUAAAAUAUGCCUAUGAGCGUUUAGAAGAAUUUAAACAAAAAUCUUUAGCUUUGGAUGAAUUUGACUUCUGCGAGCCUUCAUUUGUACAAGGAAACUGUUUAAGCAUUGUACCUGGCAGACAGUACGAUAGGGUGUAUUGUGGCGCAGCUUGCCCGGAAACCCAUGAGGCACUUAUCAAACAGUACGUUAGAGUUGGAGGAAUCCUAGUGAUGCCUUUCAAAGAUCAUUUACUCAGAAUUCAAAGAGUAGACGAAAAUACUUGGACGCAUCAUACGAUGCUACCCGUAUCUUUUGCUCCUUUAAUCGUGCCUACGUCCGAGGAACAAAAUGUAUUCCAUUUACCGGAAUGCGAUCCAUUAUCUUUACAAGAAUUAUGUCGUGAUAAAAUCAGACAUAGACUGAGGGAAAAUGUCUGGCGACAACAUACGGAAUUGGAGACCAGAAAACCUAUACUGCCGAGACAACAAAGAUCUAGUCUACCUCAACGUACCUUGAAACGUUUUGUAAUACCUAUUUUCGAAGAAUCGGACGAAGCUCUUUUCGACGAAGAUGAGGAAUUUGCAGGAAGAGCUCGUUUAUUGCUCAACGUAGAUACUCAUCCCGGAGAGGCUAUUACAACGACCUUACAAUUGGUAAGAGCCGUCAUACAGCCGCAUCAAGGUGAAAAUAGGCAACAUUGGCAGGAAGCAAAUGACGACGACAGCGAUGGACAAUAUAUUGUCGCUUCCGUUGAUCUGCAUCACGACAAUAGCGAAGAAAGAAAAGAAAACGAUAGCGAGGCGUUACUUACUGAAGCAGGAAGAGCUAAUACCAGUGAAAAUAAUAUCGAUUCGAGCUGCGAUCUAUCGGAAAUGCAAAAUCAAUCCUGUCAGACCAUAGAACACCGUUCGUCUUUGUCAGAAGUAUAUACAAAUAUGAGCGAAAGCGAUAGCGAACCAGAACAAGAGACAUCUUUUACUCAACGUAAGAAAAUAGCGAAGCGCGAAAAAACUGAUAGCGGCAUCGUUGAGGAUGCUAAUUUGACCAACGACGAUGGUAGUUCUAGUUCAAAUACGAGCCAAUCAGAUUCUAAGAAUACCGACGAUUUAAAUUCUAUGGAAGUCGAUUUAUCCGAUAUCACUAUCAAUAAGUCCAUGAAGAAUAUGUACAAGUCUUAUCCCGAUCCUGCGGAAAACAUUCCAAACGAGAAUGUAAUAUUUGGACAUUAUGUAGAUGGCAAUGCUUUUUCGACGUACAUGAAAGAAAAGAUACAUCAAUUACCAUUGCCCUUUUCAUUAAAGUUGUACAUAAACUACAAUCGACAUCUGUAAUAUAUACAUAGGAAAGUGAUUAGACUUAAUCGUUACUCUUUAAUUUAAAUAUUCUAAUAAAUGCAUAACUUCUUAUAUUACGCAGUACUCCAUCGUUUUUCACAGCUGUUCUCCAGCUACAGCAGCUGAACUUCGUAUGUUACUAAAAUAUCUUUGUAAACUAAUUUUACGAAGUGUUACAAGUGAUACUUGGCGGCCAAAAUGUUCUUUUAUUUAAAGUACGUCAACUUUUCAUUUUUUCAUUUUUCUGUUCUGUUGUCAACAUCGUCGAAAAACAAAAAAGGGGGAUAGUUGUUAGAUAUUAAUCUUGUACGGUGAAUUAUUUUCGAGAUUAAUAUAUAUAUACAUAUAUAUAUAUAUAUAUAUAUAUCACUGUAAAUUUUCUCACGAUACUCUACAAUUUUCAUUAUUAAUAUCGUAGAGAAGAUUUCUGCAAGUGAAAAAGCAACGAUCAACGGUGAGAUUGCAUUGUCAUUGAUAUUGUUCUACUGAUCGAAUAUAAUUAAAGUGGCAAAAAUGACUGCCUUAUCGUAUGAGCGUGUAUGCGUCUAUUUACAUGUAUGUACAUAUCUCUUUACCAGAUUAUUAAAGCCCGUUUCAUGUGAGAUUCUUUGACAAAAGAAAAAUCAAAUUCUAUACAAAUUUUCGAAGGGUUGUGAUAAACAUUGAAUUGAAGAAUGCGUAAGGACUUUUUUUUAAUCGACGUAGAUUAAACGACCGACACAUCGUACCACACGCUACUUAGGAUAAGAAAUACACAGAAAUGUACAAAAUGCAAAAUAUAGCGGACGAAGAAUUCAAAUAUACAUAUUUAUCAAACUUCCCGACGAUAAAGUUUAGCCGACAAUGAGUGUUGAAAUCGAAAUAGCAUCUAUUAAUUAAUUUCGUAUGGUAAUGAAAAAUUCAUAAACGAUAAUCAAGAUAAUAAGUUUUUAGUUUAAAGACUAUCAUAGAGUUUCUAAUUAUACAAAUAAAUACUAUUUAGUAAUA